GUUUCUGUUUGUCUCUAUCUUCCUCCCACUUUAUCCGCCAUCAAAUUCAAACAGAGUAUUUGUGCCCUCGCAAAUACAACAUCGACCCGAAGCGAUGGGAGAUGAAUCGAUUGAACCAGAAAUUAUUGUCUGGCAGGAGCUUCGGGUUCCUAGCGAAGAACCUAGUGACCAAUGGAACAGCCAUUUUCAACCUAUGAUUCAAGCUCUAGGUCACGAUGAGUCCUCAUGGGCAAGGAUUCCAGAGCGCCCCGACACUGUGCUUAUGGCGACAUUAUGGUGCUCUAAUUCAGCCCUGAAGGACUUUAGAGAUUCCCCAUCCGCUCAGCUCUUCUGGGAAGAUCUGGGGGCCAAGGGCAUAAGCCUUCUGACUUCAUAUGAAUCAAUUUACAGUGGGAACUGGUUUCAAUGUUUGUGCAGAUCAUAUGUUCAGUUAUUCCAGGUUUAUUUUCAGGCUCCUAUCACCGAGGAACAGGAAGCUCGGACUUAUAAAGUGAGAGGCAUGUGUCCAGCAGCUCUGGGCCCCUCGGUGCCUAGGAAACACCACAUAACAAGACACCUUCCUGAGCCAGUAUGUACAACUCAGACAGAGCACUUGAAUGGAGCACAAGCUCAGUUGGUGUUGUGGCCACACUUUUGGGCGAAUGCUAAGAAGGCUGAGUGGAGGCAUACGGAGACUUAUAUACUAUCAGGUAGUGUGGCAAUAGGCACACAGACCAUCAUGGAGAAGUUCAUUGGCAAUUUGAAGGAACUUGGUGCUAUAGAAUGGAGAGAAGAGUUUUGUAAGUUCAAAAGAAUACCAUAUCUUUGAUUUAGGAAG